AUAAGGUAUAAACCCUAACAUUUGCCUCCAACAUUGCUUCGCUUCUCACUCUGUUUCUCUAGUUUCCCUCAUUUCGCUCUCUUUGGUUCCAAAGUCUCCCAGAGAUGGGACCUCCAAGAGGCCGUGGUGGUGGUGGUGGGUUUAGGGGCAGAGGUGAUGGAGGGAGAGGGAGAGGUGGUGGUGGAAGAGGUGGCGAUAGAGGGGGCAGUGCCACGAAGUCCCGAGGUGGUGGGCGUGGUGGCCGCGGUGGAGGAAGAGGGGGUGGAGGAAGAGGUGGAAUGAAAGGUGGGAGCAAGGUUAUAGUAGAGCCCCAUAGACACGAGGGAGUUUUUGUUGCAAAGGGUAAAGAAGAUGCUCUUGUUACUAAGAAUAUGGUCCCUGGUGAAGCUGUCUACAAUGAAAAAAGGAUUGCUGUUCAGAAUGAAGAUGGGACCAAAGUUGAAUACAGGGUUUGGAAUCCUUUCCGAUCCAAGUUGGCAGCUGCGGUUCUUGGUGGUGUAGAUAAUAUAUGGAUUAAACCUGGUGCUAAGGUUCUUUACCUUGGAGCUGCUUCUGGUACUACUGUUUCUCAUGUAUCUGACGUUGUUGGUCCUAAUGGGGUGGUUUAUGCUGUGGAAUUUUCUCACCGAAGUGGUAGAGACUUGGUAAACAUGGCUAAGAAGCGAACAAAUGUUAUACCUAUCAUUGAAGAUGCCAGGCAUCCGGCUAAAUAUAGGAUGCUAGUUGGCAUGGUGGAUGUGAUAUUUUCUGAUGUUGCUCAGCCUGAUCAGGCUAGGAUUUUGGCUUUGAAUGCAUCAUAUUUCCUGAAAGCUGGAGGUCAUUUUGUUAUUUCAAUUAAGGCAAACUGCAUCGACUCCACUGUUCCUGCUGAGGCUGUAUUCCAGAGUGAGGUUAAGAAAUUGCAACAGGAGCAAUUCAAGCCUUUUGAGCAAGUCACCCUUGAACCUUUCGAGCGCGACCAUGCUUGUGUUGUUGGUGGCUACCGGAUGCCGAAGAAACAGAAAGCGGCAGCUUAAUGUUUCUAAUCCGUUUUUUGUUUGUUAGAAAAGAGAAUGCAAUCUCAGAUAGAGUUAAGAAAAUGGCUCUUCAGCUUUUACUGUAAUGUUUCAUCACUGUUUCUGCAGAACUAUCAGUGAUUUAUUUUAUGGUAAACUACAUCACAGUACACCUAA